CGUUUCCCGCUUCAGAUGGGGCGGGUCUUCCCAGGUGGUGAACCUGUGGAGAGGCUGAGCUUGGUGGGCAGCAGCGGCCGCUCUUGCCCUGCUGGUCAGCAGGACGUGGAUGACAGCACUGUGCUUCUGUCUCAGGCUCUCAGAGGCACCGUGACCGACUUCCCUGGAUUCGAUGACCGGGCUGAUGCAGAAACUCUUCGGAAGGCCAUGAAAGGCCUGGGCACCGACGAGGAGAGCAUCCUGACUCUGCUGACAUCUCGGAGCAACGCGCAGCGCCAGGAGAUCGCCGAGGCCUUCAAAACUCUGUUUGGCAGGGAUCUCCUGGAUGACCUGAAAUCAGAACUGACUGGAAAAUUUGAGAAACUGAUCGUGGCUCUGAUGAAGCCUUCCCGGCUGUACGACGCCUACGAGCUGAAGCACGCUCUGAAGGGAGCCGGGACAAAAGAGAAAGUCCUGACAGAAAUCAUUGCUUCAAGGACACCUGAAGAACUCAGAGCCAUAAAGCAAGUGUAUGAAGAAGAGUACGGCUCAAGCCUGGAAGACGACGUGGUGGGGGACACCUCGGGGUACUACCAGAGGAUGUUGGUGGUUCUCCUUCAGGCGAACAGAGACCCUGAUGCUGGAAUCGACGAAGCUCAAGUUGAACAAGACGCUCAGGCGCUGUUUCAGGCCGGAGAGCUCAAGUGGGGCACCGACGAGGAGAAGUUCAUUACCAUCUUCGGAACACGGAGUGUGUCGCACUUGAGAAGGGUGUUUGACAAGUACAUGACCAUAUCGGGGUUCCAGAUUGAGGAGACCAUCGACCGGGAGACUUCUGGACACCUGGAGCAGCUGCUGCUUGCCGUUGUGAAGUCGAUUCGAAGCAUACCUGCCUACCUUGCAGAGACCCUCUACUACGCCAUGAAGGGAGCCGGGACAGAUGACCACACCCUCAUCAGAGUCUUGGUGUCCAGGAGUGAGAUCGAUCUGUUCAACAUUCGGAAGGAGUUCCGGAAGAAUUUUGCCACCUCACUGUAUUCCAUGAUCAAGGGCGACACUUCUGGGGACUAUAAGAAGGCCCUGCUGCUGCUCUGUGGAGGGGAAGACGACUGACCGCCCCUGGGGAGACGCCGCCCACCCGCCUCUGCCUGCUUGAGCCUGGCCAGCCGACCCCGUGCCCAGUGCCCGCCCUGACCCUGCGGUUGGAGUCCCUGGCCAGGUGCACAGAAGGCAUGUGGGGCUUCCGGCUGGUCCUCCCUCGUCUCUCUGCAGUGCCUGCGAGUCUCCGGGGUCCUUCCUUGAGCGUCUGAGUCGCUGGGAUCUUCCUCUAAGAGGCCACAUUGCUUUGAGCCAUUUUAUAGCUUCCUUUAUACUCAGUUGAUAACCAGAUUACCUUCAUCAGAACCUUGGCCUUGACCUUGUGAACCCUAGAAGCAUUGCUAAUCCAGUACAUGUACUAAGUCACACCUGCAGAGCCUGGUGGUUGUAUUCCAAAGAUAACGGCCAAUAAAGAUGUCCUUCCUGA